CUGCUCAGAGAGAGAGAGAGAGAGAGAGAGAGAGAGAGAGAGAGAGAGAGAGAGAGAGUGUGUGUGUGUGUGUGUGUGUGUGUGUGUGUGACGGAGGGGCGCGCCAUAUCGUGUCGGUUUAAUUUCAAACAGCAACGUGAGUGAGGGUGGGGGACGGUUACGUGGACACUGGACAGUCAGCUCACUCAGCUAGCCAACAGACACUGAUGCACAUCGUAGUUGUUGCUCCUGUCUCCAACGCCUUUUGUUUGCUUAAAUGAGAUAUCGUUAUGGCCUCAUCAGCGAAGAAACGGCAGUAUGAUGAAAGCUACAUUCAGUAUGGAUUCACUGCUAUCAACAAAAGUGGGAUUGAAUUUCCACAGUGUAUUAUGCCACAAAGUUUUGUCACUGGAGUGCAUGAAGCCUAGCUUUCUCAAACGCCAUCUAAACAGCUGUCAUCCAAGUUUUAUAAGCAAGAAUGCUGCUUUCUUCAAGCAAAAGGAAGAGGGAUUGAAGCGAGCACGCUUCGAUCGUUCGGGACAUUUCAGGCAACAAAAUGAAGCUGGUUUGCGUGCAUCCUACAUGGUAUCACUGAGAAUUGCACAAGAAAAGAAACCUCACAACAUUGCAGAAAAGUUGAUAGUUCCUUGCUGCAAAGAUAUAAUACGUUGUGUUAUUGGUUGUGAUGCUGAGCAGAAGGUCACAUCAGUACCUCUCUCAAAUGAUACUGUUCAUCGACGAAUAGUAGAUAUGUCUGAGGAUGUCAAACAACAAGUAAUUGCUGAAUUAAAGGAAGCCUCUUUAGGAAAAUUUGCAAUCCAGCUUGACGAGUCGACUGACGUGGCUGCUUGUGCACAACUCCUGGUGUUUGUGCGAUACGUCACUGGUCAAGAUUUCAAGGAAGAGUUUUUGUUCUGUCAUACCUUGAAUACGACUACUAGAGGUGAAGACAUUUUCAAUGAAGUCUCAUUGUUUUUUGAGAAAGAAGGACUGUCUUGGAAUAAUGUAUGUGCAUGCACAACUGACGGAGCACCAGCAAUGCUUGGUCGUCGAUCAGGAUUUCGAGGAAGAGUGAAUCAGGUGAAUCCUGAAACCAAGCAUCUUCAUUGCAUGCUUCAUAGAUAUGCCCUGGCAUCCAAAACUCUCCCACCUGAUUUAAAAUUAGUCCUGGAUGAUGUUGUGCACAUGGUAAAUGCCAUCAAGUCAAGCGCCCUAAAUACAAGACUGUUUUCCCUUCUGUGCCAAGAGUUUGGAAGUGAUGAAGAAGUGUUGCUCCUUCACACUGAGGUUCGCUGGCUGUCGAGGGGGAAUGUGGUAUCAAGAGUAGAAUCACUAAAGGAGGAGCUCACUGAAUUCUUCAAAUGUGACAACAAGGCAAAGUCACUUGAGUUCACCAAGAAAUUGUCAGACAGCCAGUGGCUUCAGAAGCUGGCCUACCUGAGUGACAUAUUCUUACGCCUCAACUCAUUUAACUUAUCCCUCCAAGGCCGUUUUGCCACAGUGAGUGAUUUCAUGGACAAACUUAGGUCACUGACCAUGAAGCUGGAGCUUUGGGAAGGGAAGGUCAAAGAUGGAAAUCUUAGCAUGUUUGAACACCUUGGUGAGGCACUUGAUAAAAGUCAAAACACUGGAAAACAAGAUGUGAUGCAACUUGUGCAAUCACAUCUAGCUUCUCUGCGGAUGGAGCUGCAGUCUUACUUCCCGAAUUGA